UUGCAAUUCUCAAGAUUACCACUUUUAGUUAAACGUGACGAAACCAUGUACAAGUCGGUGUUAUUUGUGGACUUGCAUGAGAAACCGAAACCGUCUUCUGGUUCACAAAUCGCGCUGGGAAGUAAUUAUUUCAACGGAUACCCGGCUACUUCCAGUCCUAACCUAUUCUGGGACAGCAACCCCAACCAAAACAGCAUUCGAAGAUCUUCAGUUAGUUCUCAGCUAUCAGAUUUCGUGAAUGUCAACGAACCCGAAGAUGAUUUAAUGUACCUGUCAGACCAUCGAAGGUUAACGCCUUUGCCCGAUACACCCUCGCCGACCACCGUUUCUAAGAAACAUGUCACGUUUAAAAUUCCAGACAGGCCUAAAAUACAGAAGCGAAGUGGAACCCUGCCCAAAUCAUACCAAUUUAGCGAGGCAGUUGUAUCUCCUUUUGUCAUUAAUAGUAGCCUUAGAUACCCCAGACAUCAAAAUCCAGCAGUCGUUAUUGAUAGGAGAAGUCCAGCUUUGGCUCUUUACCAACAAAAUGGAACAGUUAAGGCAUCGAAUGGCAGCUGGAACAUAAGUCUAAGUUCGGAAUCUCCGACAAGUUCUCCGCCUCUAGUAAAAAACUGGGUAAUGGUGCAUCGCGACCAAAGCCCGGAACCGAUAAUGCGAAGUGCUAGUACUAGUUCAAAUUAUGACAAUGUUGAGCCACAGCCACAGUCGUCAAAUCGGACACCAAAAAUUAGAUCUCCGAUGCCGUUGGCAAAAAUCACAGAAUCAGUUGCGCAAAAAUCAUUUGAUGGCAAUCAAAUAGCAAACAGAAAUAGAUUUCGACCAUUAACAGCUAAAAAUGCCAUGAAAUAUUCGCAAAAAUUUGACGAGACUGAUACUCCAAUAUCUGAUUCUGAAUUACCCAGAAUGCACGGUGUUAAAUCAUGGCGAACUCCAAGUCCUAAACCAGUUUUAUUAAACAAUCGGGUAUCCAGAACCCGCAAAUUAGCUCUAGAUGGUCCAGCAAGUAAUGGUAGAUCCACCGAUUCAGACAGCGGAGGAUCUCCUAGACGUUCAAAAACUGUCGCGUUCAAACCUAUGAUACCUUUACGAGUGAUGACACCUACAUUUGAAGAUAUUGUCAAGCUACCGAGGCGCAACAGAACGCCGGCAAAUGCUAAGAAAGACCUCACAAUUUCCUUACCGGAUCCCACAAUUGAAAUUGCAGAGGGAAUUGAGACUAGACCAAAAGGCCGUAACUACUCGGCAAUGAACAGACCUGCAACUCAAGGUCAAACCGAAGUUUAUUUUAGAAGAAACCAAGGUCAACAUUCAGCCAGGUCAAACACGAUAUCAGGUGACUUGAAAAAACCUGGCGGCAAUUUUGAACAGUUGACAGGGUCGGGAACGUUCAAUUCGUCGAAAGGUCACAGAGACGAAUUAAACUCAAAAGAAUCAAUUCUUUACAGCUCACUUACCGACCUUCAGCAAACGAAUAACGAAAACUCACCUCAAAGUUCAAGUUCGCCCGAUCUUGGAUGGAGAUCUCAAACUAAAAAUCCUGAUUACAACAUGCUUUUACAGAAAGUAGAUAAAACGGCCAAUCAGAAUCAAGCUACUAAUACUGUGAACGAAUAUGAUGAAGAUCUUCGGCCAAACAACUUUUCGGUUAAGUUGCAAUAUAUUGUAAUGCAAGAGAAAAUAAACGGAUGCAGUCCACUAAUAGCAAGCGAAGAAAAAUUGGUCGAUUUUUUCGUCUCCACUCAAAAUGGAGAUCAUUCCCUUUUAAUGAGCAAGAUAAAAAUAAACAAGGACGGAGAGAACAGAACUUUUUUCAACUACCAGGUGCGACUGGGGAAGGUGAAGAUCUCAGUUGAACUGUACCCUGUGCUGAUCACAUUCACAUGGGUCACUCUGGGCAACCUGUGCAAUGCCAUCACUGGAGCAGCCAUGACUCACAGACAACACAACCGCAUAUUCAUCAUACUUGACGCCAGGAAAGAAGCCCACGUGAACUCAUUCCGCACCUUCCUGGACAAAGUACUCGAGUACAAAGGUCACGUGUUCUACACGUACAAGUGCAGCUCCAAAUACACGACAGUUAAAGACCUGAUCAAAAAACAUGCAGCCAGACUAGUUGCGAAAGACAUUGAGAGCUGGUUCGUCUCUCAAUUUCUUCAAAACCCUCUCGAAAACUUCCUUUACGCUGAUAUAUGAAUUUAGAAAAAAAUGUUGUGUUUCGUUUUGAUUGUGUCCAGCACCAGUUGAACGAAAAAUUACAAACGGUUUUAUGAUCUCAAUUAAAAUACUAUAGACAAAAAAUCAAAAAUGUAUAGAGAAAAUCGAAA